CGGCCGGCAGCAGAGGAGUGAAUGGGAAUGCACGCAUAGCAGAAACGAAGAGAUUUACUUUGGUUCAGAUUGCCUCAUCGAGGAGGUGUGAGAGUGUUUGACAGCAGAAACAGCGGGGAAACCUUCAGCUUGUUUUCAGUGAUUUCUUGCUCUAAUCCUGUGGUGGGUUUUACUUUUUGUGAAGAAGCUGAUGCUGAGGUGAAGCCGACUCCCUUUGCGCGCCUGGCACAUUAGGGGUCUCCUCACACCGGGGCGCACGGAGCAUCUCCGGACUGGGAGACAAGAGGCGGGAGAGGACGAUCCACUCGGAGUUUCUCCACAUGGAUACUAUCAGACAAACUUUUGCAGAGCCGUUUUGGUCAUAAAUCUUGUCACCUCUUGGACCUACGCUGCUUUUCUUUCCUCCUGCGCGCACUGGAUGAGAGUCGAGCUUUUCGCCGUGCUUGUUUGUUGUGUAUUCCUGGAGGGGAUGUUUUUCACCACAGCACGGAUAACGGAUCCCUGACUCGGUCUGGCUCUUAUGAAGACCCUUUCCAGGAUGUUACAGUCUAAGCGGCCCAGGCACCAUUGGGCCAGCGUCCACUACCAUCACCACAUAUCACCACAUAGCUGGGGGUCCCGCUGUGUGUAGGAAUUAUCAUUAUCUGCCCUCCGCACUCUGCCUCCUGCUGGGGCAAGAAAACGGAAUCUUCUCCAAAAUAAAGUGCUUGGUGAACAUUGACAUUGGCUUUACGAGUCUCACCUCUGGGCUACUAUGCAAUUACAACUGAUCUCCUUUGUUUUGAUCAUCUUGCACUGCAUGGAUUACACUGGUGGUCAGCCGCACAGCAGCUCCAGGCACCGGCAACAUAAACAGAUCUCUGGCGUGAGCUCGGGGUGCCAGCAGGGUGGCUGUCUGACCUGCUCCGACUACAAUGGCUGCCUGUCCUGCAAACCGCGCUUCUUCAUGCACUUGGAGAGGAUUGGGAUGAAGCAGAUCGGGGUGUGCAUGACUUCCUGCCCUCCGGGUUUUUAUGGCACACGCUCACCAGAUAGAAACACCUGCACAAAGUGCAGGUCAGAGUGCGACUCCUGCUUCAACAAGAACUUCUGCACACGCUGCCGAGCAGGUUUCUACCUUCACCUGGGAAAGUGCCAGGAGUACUGCCCUGAGGGUUUGGUCCGCAGCGACACACAGAGGGAGUGUAUCCCCAGGUGCCCUGCAGAUUGUGAGUCAUGUGUGAACAGUGAAACGUGCACGCGGUGCAGGACAGGCCUGUACCAGCUCAGUGGGAGGUGCCACCAUGUCUGUCCAGAGGACUACGAGCCCAAUGACAAGCUCAUGGAGUGCACAGCGCAAGUGCACUGUGAGGUCAGUGAGUGGAGCGAGUGGAGCCCCUGCUCUCGCUCUGGGAGAACCUGUGGGUUCAAGCGGGGCCAGGAGACCCGCACACGGCUUGUCCUCCAGUACCCGUCUCCGUUCGGGAACCCCUGCCCUGAGAUCUCAGAGAUCAAAGAGUGCCUGGUGAAGAGGAGGAAAUGUCAAGGAGGACGGAGGACAAAUGAUCGUCGAGAGCGGAGGAAUCGCAACAACCGCAAAGACAAGGAGAACCCAGAAGUGCGACGAGAAAGGAAGAGAGAGAGGGAGCGAGAGAGGGAGAGGGACACGGGUGAACGUGAGGACUCUGAUAACCAGAACAAAACAGAGCACCGGCAUCGCAGAGGCCACGACACAGACCCUGUCUCUCCUGGUGACGGCCUUGUACAGUAGAGCUCAUCCUACUUCUUUCCUUCUCCAAAGACUCCCAUCAUCCUCACCUUCUGGUCACUCCCCCCUUCGCCCCCUCUCUGCAGGGGUGUUGCUGCUACCUGUAUGAUUUGAAUAUAAUGUUUAUGCACAAGCAGGAUGGAGCAUGUCAGCCUCAAGGUUCGGCUCACUAAGGGCUUUGAAAAAGUCCUGUUUAUCUUCUCUGUAGCCUCUGCUCCUUCACCUUCACCACUGAGAGACUCUGCUGAGACUGCUGAACAGACUGAAGUGAGAAAUGUCUGACUGUGCUGAGGACAGACAGACAUGCUGAGAGACAAAGACGUUACACUAUGUGCUUGUUGAUAUGGUUAUUUAUCGGGGCCCUGGUACAACAUCGCGCGUCUUGGUUUUGAAUGUAGAUUUUGCAACAUAAUGUAGAACAAUUGUUUAUUAAUGUUGUUCCUGUUCUUUAGAUCUCUUUACUUUAUUUUAUUUGGUGCAGAAUUUGUAAAGAAAAACUGAAAGUGAGUUUGCUGUCACCAUCUGGCGACAUCUUCACAAUCACAGUAAAUGUUAGAUGUGGGAGAGCCUCCAUGCUGAGUGUCAGAGGUUAAAAAACUGAAGCAGAAACAUGUUGUCUGUUUGUGUCGGACAGAAAGAUAGUUUUAUCCCAGUAAGUGAUGAAUCGGAUUUACCAUUGUUUUUGUUUUUUUUUUUUUCAUUUUGUGUAAAUGGAAUCUGUGCUCUCAGUAAAGCUCCUUGAACAGGAACCAAAAACACCUGUAUGUCAAAUAAAACUAUAAUGGGUUUGUACCUGUGUG